AUGCUCGUCUGGGAUGAGACCGCCAAGGUGCUCGACAACGUGUUCCAGAACGUGUGGGGUGACAGGGACGCCGUCAAGCUCGACAACAUCAUGGACCUCACCGUGCCAGGCACUCCCGUCAUGCUGCACUUCGCGGCCGCGCAUGACGAGCUCAUGGCGUACUUGCAUGAGAUGGUGGCCGCACGGCGGGCCGCGGAGGUCAAGGAGGAGCGCUUUGACCUAAUGAGCAACCUGCUCGACGUGAAUGAGGACGGGACGGACAGCAUGGCGAAGCUGUCGGAUAGCGUGCUGACUGAGAACGUCUUCCUCUUCUCGGUGGCUGGGUAUGAGCAAGACGAGCAGGAAGUGUUCUGCCAGAACCGCCAGUCCGUCCUCCCUGCAAACCGGGUGCAGCAUAUAUAG